AUGGAAAAUGAAAGCUGCCUGCUAUUAGAUAGGUUGAAAUUGAAGCACGAGAAACAGGAGAAUAUUAAGUCAAACAACGAUACCGACGAAACAACAGAUGGUGUCCGAACAAAACUACGUGCUCUAAUGGUAGCCCUGUUUGGAGUGUCUAUGUCAGUAUGCGCUGUCGCUUCCCAACCUGUCGAGCUCGAACUAGACGACGAUGAAGUAGCACAAAGGCUGAACAACGUAAGCUUUGCAAGGCGUAUAGCUAAACCAACUAUCCGCCUAGUGAUAGGUUAUGGGAAGCUUAGUGCAACUGUCACAGCAAUCACUUCCUUGCUGUUACUUCUUGCAGUUAUGUCGAAGCAAUCGUGGUGGCAACGAGGCGCUCGAUGGUUGGCUGCGCCAGCUCUGCUAGUGGCAGCCUUGGAGACCGCGUCGGAUGUGAGCGACGCGUUACUCGUCACCGUACUUAGAAGCAAGGCGGCGCCUGCAAGAAUUGUCGCGCAAACUUUCGCCGCUUGCGCACUUAUCACUGUUGAAAUAUUGAUCUGGUACUUCAUCGCAAAAUUUUUUCAGUACAAUCCGAGAGUGCAGCAUGAUAUAGCCGAAAAGGAUAAAGAUAAAGGCGCUUAA